AAUGUUAAAAUUGUACAUUUGCAGAUUUUUAUAUUUAAUUUAUUUAAAAAUUUCUACACCUAUAAAAUCUAAACUUAUCACCUGAUGCCUCCGACAAUUAAAUCCCUUCAAAUUUCAAAAUAGGCUAGAUUUUUCACUGGCAUAAUCUGUACACACUAAAAAUAAAAUUCAAUUACUUAAUACAUUUUAGAGCAAUAAUAUUGGUAUGUAAAAGCUUAGAUUUCCUUUUAGAAAUAAAUGUGUAGAAAUAUUUGUACUUUUAUAUCUAUUUUUAAAUAGCACAUUUUUACUGGCCACAUUGGCUUAUCUUAUAAAGUUUAAUAAACCCAAGCAUCAUGGGACGACUGGAUGAACAAGCGAAGAACCGCAUAGUGGUGUUGAGGAAAGCUGGUCUCAGCUUCCGUAAGAUCAAGAAAGUUCUUGAACUGGACAAUAUCAAAGUAACACCACAAGCCAUCUACCUCUUCCUAAAACGCAAGAACAUUGAGCCUGAAAAGUCCACCGGUGGUCCCCAUGGAGUGACACCCAAAGAGAAGCCAUGGGGGGAAGGGCAGCUCUGGAAUGUGAUUCCUGAAAAUGUUGGCCAGUGUAACAGAGUUAAGGAUCAAGGAAAUAUGGUUCAGAAGACAGGAGAAAUGGUAGAAACCAGGAGGCCUCAAGAAAUUGGCAAAGAAGAGGGCAUUAAGAUUGUCAGUGUGACCUCUCUGUCCAAGGGAAACCAUACCUUUCAUUCUCCUCCACCUGUCCAGAGAACUGCAACCCUAGGACAGACUCUGCACGAGCCCCGUGAUUGCAUAGUGAGACAAGGUCACUCACCUGCCAUAAAUGGCCCAAGACAAGCUACAGUCACAGUGACUCCUCAACCAUAUCAUGGGAGAGCAAGGACCCCACUCCCUGCUCCCAGGAACCCAGCACUGCUCGUGACAAAAAAGAUAGUGGACAGAGCUAUCCACCUGCAGAAAAAGGUCACCGCACAGAAUGGUACCCCACUUUUGACCCAUGGUGCUCAUUACCCAAUGACCAGCAUGGUUUCUAGCCGCCUGCCACCUAUGAGACAAGAGCCAGCUCCAUGUUCACUGAUAAAAGACGCCAGCACUCAAACAGCGGCUCCUAUUCAUUCUGUAGCAGUAAACGCAGAGCAGUUGGACACUAUCAGGGGAGAGCUUCACAGAUUGACACAGGCUGUGCAAACUCUAAUGGACAGACAGAACCGCUGGGAGCAAGAACAGCACAGACAGCGGCAAUGUAACCACCAGGAAAUAAUGUUACAAAUCCAACAGUUGGGUGCUUCUGUAACGGCGAGGUGUCCACAGAACUGCGCCUCAUAUAACAGCGCACAAGAGCCAGACGCCCAACUGCCUGAUAUCGGACAUUUCAAGAUGGAGCUUUUGUGAAUGUAGACGAUUUAUGCUCCAGUUUUGGAGCAAGAAGGACACACAAGCACGCUUAUCAACACAUACACAAGUAUUUAAUGCCGUUAAACGGGGAGAUUAUACGAUUUAACCAUGACAGGCAUUCGGCAGUUUUAUAAACCACAGAGCCCAUGAUACUCUAGAGCUAGAAGCAGUGGAUCAUGGGAACUGCCAUCCAGGACCUCAUGUUGCUUAUCCCUGCCUUAAUACACAGUAAUGUGUGCAAAAAGACUUUUACACUAUUUGACUGUUCCAAAAAGUGUGUUUUAACUGGGGGAAAAUAAAAAUAAAAAAAGGCACAUGAGCCAAACUUCAUUUAGUGUGACAUUUAUAAUGCUUCUUUCAAUAAGACUCCAACAUGUUGUAUUGGUAAAGAGACACUCCAGAACCUUGAAGCACUUUAGCUUGCCGAAAAGCUUUAUGUUUGAAGAGUGUGUUCUAUUUUUUAGAUUCUGGAAAUUGUGUAGAUUUCAAUAGAAAUUGGCCCUUUUAUAAAUUGUACUGCCUUGCAAAGACUUUUCAUU